UAUGAUAUCUUCAACUUCCUUGAGGUCCAGGAGACUCGAGACGCUUGCCUGUCCCGUAUGCAUCUCUCUCCAUCUCAGGAAGUCGUGUGUUCCAACCUCCAUGUACACCGUCCGGACAGUCCUCACGCUGCCGGGGACCAUGGACCAUCAUCCAUCGACCCCGCCGGCUUCUCCCCCUCCUCCUCCCUGAGUCCCCUCAGACAUCACAUCGCCCUAGUCCCACAACGGCGAAUACCUUCAAGAUACCUUACAGGAGUAAGAACAGCUCCCUCAAGCAUCGACAACGCUUGCUCUCCAAGAAGACGUUCGGAAUCAGCGUACCUAUCUACAAGUCCUUUUAUUCCCCCAUCCCGGAUCGCCCUCUUCAAGAACCAUGGCGCCACUCGUGGGCCGAACUCUUGGCUACCUUGACAUUCCGCUGACUGCCUUUUUCGCCCCCGUCCCCCCUCCCUCCAACACCUCAGCGCGAUACAUCAUAUUCCUUGAUUCUCCUUCCGCUCUCCGUAAUAAUUCUCAUAUAUAUAAUCAUCUUAAAUUUAUUUAGUC